AAAGGGGAGAUGAUCAACUGGAGCAGCUAUGAAUCAUGGUUGUGGAGGUGAAUCAUGAAGAAAAAGAAGGGGAACUACCACACAAUUCUUCAGGAGAACCUCAGAUCAUCAGCUAAAUGUUUAGACAGAAUACCAACCCAAACACACCUCACGGCCUCACAGGGUGUGGUAUGGAGAAACAGAAAACCAACACAUAUAAUUUAUUGACCGCUAUCCUUUCUGCCAAGAAGAUGCCAAGAAGAACCAAAUGUUCAACCAGAAUUCUCGGGAUCAGAAGCUUGUCGAUGGAGAUCAAAAGCGUUUGUUGAAGCUGCAAUGAGCCAAAUAUCAGCUGAGGUGUAUAUUUUUGACCGCGUGUUGUUCACGCUGCGGGGUUGAGCAUGCUAAGGGUGUGUGUGUGUGUACUGAAGUGGCUGUGUGGUGUGAAGUGUGGAAGUGUUUGGGACACUUUGUGAGAGUGUUUUUGUGUGUGUGUGUGUGUGUGUGUGUGUGUGAGUGUGAGCGUGGGUGUACGCAGUCAUGGAUGAGAACGUGUACCAGUCCCUGUCUCGUCCUCGGAUGGAGCUCAGCUACUCCAGCUCUUCUGAGGAAGAGGACGAGGCUAGCCUUCGCCACAAACACUACAGAGACUCUCGCGCCCACGCGCACUCUCACACGGAGUACGAACCCGACCGCAGGUUCACCUACAACAGCCACAAAGUGCGCAGGAAACCCCAUGACAUCACGGCCAAGGAAUCUGCUGCUUUUCCCGAUUUCCAAACCGAACUCCACUCGGCCAAUCAGGAACUGGCCUACCCGGGCGGUGGCUCCUUGGGCGUGGUCUCAGAUCCAGAAUCAGUGGGUGGGGCUUCGCCUGACCACGCCCUCCGUCUGUGGAUGCAGGAAGUGAAGUCUGAGCGGAGUUCUCGUGCCUCGAGCCGGGCGAACUCGCUCCUCUCUCUCACUGACACGGAGCAGGAGGGGCGGGGCGAGCAAGAGAACGACAACGAUCUGCCUUCCAGUCCUGUAGGCCGCUUCUCCUUCCGUCCUCUUCCUCCCCCUCCGCCGCCCCCUCACGCCUGCGUGUGCUCCCCCACAUCGGGCGUCCCGGAGCCGGUGCAGAGGAACACACUCCCGAGCAGGAACCACCAGACCGAGAACAAGACGCAGCAGGACAAAACACACAACACCUGGGCUCUCAACAGCAACAUCCCGCUGGAGACCAGGCACUUCCUGUUUAAGCAAGGCUCGGGUUCCUCAACACUUUUCAACGCGACCAAUCAGAACUACCCCCUCACCUCCAGUACGGUGUAUUCUCCUCCCCCUAGGCCGUUACCCAGAAGCCCCAUCUCCAGGCCGCUGUUCUCCUUCAGUAAACCCUAUCGCUGCUGUAACUGGAAGUGUACGGCACUCAGCGCCGCCGCCGUCACCGUAACCCUCGCCCUGCUGCUCACAUACGUUAUUGUAGUGCACUUGCUGGGUUUGCCCUGGACCCUGCGCAGGUUGGAGUUGUUCGAGAACGGACUGAGUAAAGCAGAACCCACGCAGGAGGGAACCGACUUCACCGACGACCUGCCAGGAUUCAACAUCACCCAGCGAGAUAAGGAGGUCUGGCCUCGUGGGCGGGGCUACGAUGUAGGUGAGGUUGAGGUGAAAGGUCGUCUCCUCCAGGUCAUUCCACCCAGCAGCUUCUGGAGGUUCAGCAUGGCUCUGCAGCAUCCAGAGUUCAUUCGAUUUAACGUCACUCAUACACACACUGCGCUGCUGGGCAUUUAUGGCCGGAGGAAUACACCACCCACACACACACAGUUCGAUUUCGUGAAACUGCUGGAUGGGAAGCAGCAGCAGCAGGAUGGACGGAGCGUUGCCAUGGCGACGGUGUUUAUGGAGUAUCUGGACGCAGGGACGUGGCACAUCGGUGUUUAUAAUGACGGCAGAAAACCGGAGCAGGUGAAGGUGCAGAGCACAGCUGUAGAAAUGAGUGAUGGUUGUUCAACAAACUGUAACGGGAAUGGAGAGUGUGUUUCCGGUCACUGUCACUGCUUCACCGGUUUCCUCGGACCAGACUGUUCGAAAGACUCAUGCCCGGUGUUGUGUAGUGGAAACGGCGAAUACGAUAAGGGUGUGUGUGUGUGUCACGCCGGCUGGAAGGGAGCAGAGUGUGAAGUGGAGGACGGCCAGUGUAUCGAUCCCACCUGCUCCAACAAUGGAGAGUGUGUCGAAGGAGUGUGUGUGUGUGCACCAGCCUUUAAAGGCAACAACUGUGAGGAAGUGGACUGCAUCGACCCCACAUGUUCAGGACGAGGUGUGUGUGUCCGUGGGGAGUGUGUGUGUUCUGCCGGAUGGGGCGGAGAGAUGUGUGAGAAUCCUCUCCCGGCCUGUAAGGAGCAGUGCUCGAGACACGGGGCGUACCAUCCGGAAACAGGGGUGUGUGAGUGUGAGCAGGGCUGGACUGGAACCGACUGCUCUACAGAGGUGUGUCCUGUGCCGUGUAGCGUCCAUGGCAUGUGUGUCAGUGGGCGGUGCCAGUGUGAAGAGGGGUGGGUGGGACCAUCCUGUGACAAGCAGGCCUGUCAUCCAAUCUGCGAGGAGCAUGGGGAGUGCAGGGACGGGCAGUGUGUGUGUCACGCCGGCUGGGAGGGAGAACACUGUACCAUCGCUCAUUACCAGGAUUUGCUGGAUAAAGGUGUGUGUCCCGGUCUGUGUAACAGUAACGGCCGGUGCGUCCUCGGCCAGUUUGGCUGGAGAUGUAUAUGCCAACCCGGCUGGAGCGGAGAUGGCUGUAACGUCGUCAUGGAGACGCAGUGUGGUGAUAGCAGCGAUAAUGACGGAGAUGGCUUAGUGGACUGUACAGACCCGGAUUGUUGUGGUCAGCAGGUGUGUGUUAACUCUCCACUCUGUCAGGGUUCACCUGACCCUCGUGAUAUCAUCCAGCAGAGCCCCGCCUCUUUUAGGCCACACCCACCAGCAUCGUUUUUUGAGCGAGUUCGAUUUCUUGCCGGGAACACACACACACUGCCAGGAGAUGUGCAGUGGGACAGCAGCCACGUGUGUGUAAUCAGAGGUCGUGUGUUUGCAACUGAUGGAACUCCGCUGGUUGGUGUGAACAUCACUUUCCAUCAGAAACCUGAAUAUGGUUUCACACUCAGUCGGCAAGAUGGAAGUUUCGACCUAAUGGCUGUGGGGGGCACAUCCGUGACCCUGCUUUUCCAGCGAGUGCCUUUUCUCCCUCAAUCUCGUUCCCUCUGGUUGCCAUGGAACCGCUUUGUUGUCAUCGACAGAGUAACGAUGUCACGGUCUGAGGCUCCUCCCCCCACAUGUGAACACAAGAACCUGGUUGGCCCAAGUCCCGUUGUUCUUCCUGCUCCUCUCACACAGUUUGCUGCACAGUGUGAGGAAAGAGGACCCGUCAUACCUGAGCUACAGAUGGUUCAGGAGGACAUCGAGAUGGCAGGAAGUUUUGUGAAGUUGAGCUACGUGUCAUCUCGUGCUCCGGGGUACCUGUCUGUCCUGCGCGUGCUUCUGACCCCGCCCAUCAUCCCCAUGGGGCUGCUAAAGGUCCACGUAUCGGUAUGUGUGGAGGGGACGCUGAUCUCCAAGUCGUUCGCCGCUGAACCGAAUCUGAGCUACGUCUACAGCUGGAACAAGACAGACGUGUACGGACAGCUGGUCAACGGCCUCACACACGCUUUCGUCUCUGUAGGCUACGAGUACGAGGUGUGUCCGAACUUCAUCCUGUGGGAGGAGUGUGUGGUGGAGAUGCAGGGCGCCGAGCUGAUCUCAUCACAGCUGGGCGGCUGGACGCUCGACAAACAUCACACACUGCACGUGGAAAGCGGAAUCCUCUACAAAGGCGACGGGGAGAACGUGUACAUUUCCCAUCAGCCCCUGCUUAUCGCCACGGUGAUGGGGAUGGGCGCGGUCCGUCCUCUCGCCUGCCCGAGCUGUAACGGCCCGGCGGCCAGUCAGAAGCUGUUCUCUCCCGUAGCCUUAGCGUGCGGUCCGGACGGGAGCAUUUACGUCGGGGAUUUCAACUUCAUCCGCAGGAUCCUACCGAACGGAGUCAGCGCCAACCUGCUGGAGCUCAGGAAUCGAGAUAUCCGGCACAGUGGAGGGUCUGUCCAUCAGUAUUACCUGGCGGUGGAUCCUGUAAGCGACUCGCUUUACGUGUCGGAUUCGGUGGGUCUGAAGGUGCUGCGUCUCAUUUCCGUGAGCGAUGUGCGUGACGUAGGGCGCAACGCCGAGGUGGUGGCAGGAACCGGGGAGAAGUGCACUCACUUCAACCUGAAAGAGUGUGGAGACGGGGGCAAGGCCACAUACGCCUCACUCACUGCUCCAAGGGGUAUCGCAGUGGAUAAGCGCGGCUCUGUGUUCUUCGUGGACGGGACGGCAGUGCGCAAACUGGAGAGCGGCGUCGUUACCACGGUGAUGGGGUUAAACUCUGUCACCUCCUCUCAGCCAAUCAGCUGUGACUCGUACAUGGACGCCAGUCAGGUGCGUCUCGAGUGGCCCACAGACCUGGCUGUGAAUCCUCUGGACAACUCUCUUUAUGUCCUGGACAACAACGUGGUCCUGCAGAUGACAGAGGCGGGGCUUGUCAGAAUGGUUGCUGGGAGACCAGACCACUGCCCAACUCCAGCUGGCUCAGACCCAAUCAGAUCAGCCCUACGUGUUGCCCUGCAAGGCACUAAAGCCAUCGCCGUGAGCCAUCAGGGGGUGCUGUACAUCGCCCAGACGGACGACAGGAAGCUCAAUCGUAUCCAGGAAGUGAACAGUAACGGCGAGAUCUCGGUCAUUGCCGGGACAAUCAGCGAGUGCGACUGCAAGAUCGAUCCUGACUGCGAGUGUUUCUCAGGCGAUGGCGGUUACGCUCGUGAAGCCAGGUUGAAGUCCCCGUCAUCUCUAGCUGUGUCUCCUAAUGGCACGCUGUUUGUGGCCGACACGGGUAACCUCCGUAUCCGCGCGAUCACGCCGUCCCGCCCUCGCCCCUCCUCCUCAACCUCCUUGUCUUCCUCCGCUCUCCUGUUCGAGAUUCCCUCCGUUUCUCAGCAGGAGCUCUACGUUUUUGCAGCCAACGGGUCGCACCUGCACACGCGCUCUCUCGUCACUGGCCACUUUCUGUACAACUUCACCUACACGGGGGCGGGGCUUCUCAACUCCGUGACAGCCGCCGCCCCAGAAGGCGGCGUGGUCACCGUGAGGCGGGACUCCAACGGCGCGCCGCUCUGGUUGGUUGUUCCGGGUGGGCGGGUCUACUGGCUGACCAUUAGCAGUGUGGGAACCCUGCGUAGAGUCUCCGCCCUGGCACAUGAGCUGGCUCUGCUCAGUUACCACGGCAACACGGGACUUCUGGCAACCAAGAGCGACGAAAAUGCCUGGACCACCGUCUACGAGUACGACAUCGACGGUCACCUGAUUAAUGUGACCUUGCCGACAGGAGAGGUCAGCGGUUACCACGGCACCAUGGAGAGGUCAGUCAGGGUGGAGUGCACUUCAGACCAAGGGCACUUUGUGACUAUUACUAACCACUCUGAGGACAGUAUGGCGUACACUCUGCGACAAGGUCACGCGACGAGUGUGUACCGUGUGAGCGGAGACGGCUCUCUGUCGGCGACAUACUCCAGCGGAAUGGACGUCACCCUGAGAACGGAGCCCAACAUGGGGGCGGGGCCGUUGCCAGGGCUGUUGCCAGGGGCGAUUCACCCUACGGUGGGCAGGUGCAACAUCACGCUGCCGGGGGAACAGAGCUCAAGUCUGAUCGAGUGGAGGCAGAGACGAGAGCAGAGCCGAGGAAACUACAGCGCGUACGAGCGCAGGCUGCGGGCUCACAACAGGAACGUGCUCUCUAUAGACUACAACCAGGCGACUCGCGUGGGGAAGAUUUACGAUGAUCACCGCAAGUUCACGCUGCGCGUUCAGUACGACGAGCACGGCCUUCCGGUGCUCUGGACUCCCAGCAAGUACAGCGAGGUAAAAGUGAGCUACACCAGCUCGGGCCUGGUCUCCGUCAUCCAGAGGGGGAACUGGAGUGAGCGCAGGGACUACGACAACGGCAGGCUCGUCAGCCGCACCUGGGCCAACGGCAACACCUGGAGCUACACCUUUAUGGACAAGUCGAUCCAGCUGUUGCUUCAGAGUCAGCGUCGCUACACGUUCGAGUUUGAUCAGAUGGACCACCUGCUGUCCGUCACUCUGCCCAGCAUGGUGAAACACGGCCUGCAGACCGCGCUCUCCAUCGGCUACUACCGUAAUACCUACACGCCCCCUGAUGGCCCUGCCCACUCUGUGGUUCAGGACCACGCUCACGACGGACGCCUCCUCCAGAUGCUGUAUCUGGGUUCGGGCCGGCGUGUGGUGUACAGGUACGGCCGAGCGGCGCGGCUUAGCGAAGUCCUUUACGACUCCACGGUCGUCAGCUUCACCUAUGACGAGGCCUCGGGGGCGCUAAAGACCAUCCACCUGAUGCAGGAAGGCUUUGUGUGUACGAUACGAUACAGGCAGACAGGUCCGUUGGUGGGACGGCAGAUCUACCGUUUCAGUGAGGAGGGUUUGGUGAACGCGCGCUUCGAUUACAGCUACAACAACUUCCGCGUCACUAGCAUGCAGGCCAUGAUUAACGAGACGCCGCUGCCCAUUGACCUCUACCGCUAUGUGGACGUCUCGGGACGUAUCGAGCAGUUCGGCAAGUUCAGCGUGAUCAGCUAUGACCUGAACCAAGUCAUAACCACGCACGCUAUGAAACACACCAAGAUCUACAACCCUAACGGGCAGCUUAUGGAGGUCCAGUAUGAGAUCCUGAAGUCCAUAGCGUUCUGGAUGACACUUCAAUAUGACGGAGCCGGGCGCGUUAGUGCGUGUGACGUCCGAGUGGGCGUCGACACUAAUGUCACUCGUCAUGCUUACAGGUAUGACGCCGACAGCCAGCUGGCGUCGGUUUCCAUUGACGACCGUCCCAUGUGGCGCUACGGUUAUGACCUGAACGGAAAUAUCAACCUACUCAGCCACGGCGAUGUCAACGUUAACGGCCGGCUAACACCGAUACGCUAUGAUCUCAGAGAUCGCAUUACACGCCUCGGAGAUGUUCAGUACCGCGUAGACGAAGAUGGAUUUCUGUCCUCACGUGGCAAUCUCGUGUUCCGUUACAGCGCCAACGGUCACCUGCAGGGGGCGCUAGAUCGACAAACAGGCCGUCGUGUCUCCUAUCGAUACGACGGACUAGGCAGACGGGUUUUUACCCAAACAAGCGACGGGGCACGGAUUCAGUUUUUCUAUGCCGAUCUUACGGAACCAACGCGCGUCACGCAUCUUUACGAUCACAGUGCUUCCGAGAUCACAUCGCUUUACUACGACCUCCAGGGUCAUUUGAUCGCCAUGGAGAUGAGCAGUGGCGAGGAGUUUUACGUGGCAUGUGACGUGGCUGGGACGCCGCUCGCCAUCUUCAGCAGUCGAGGCACUGUGGUCAAGGAGAUCCGGUACACGCCGUACGGGGACGUCUACCGUGACUCGAACCCUGCCUUCGCGCUGCCGCUUGGGUUCCACGGAGGGCUCUAUGACCCUCUUACCCGGCUCGUCCGCAUCGGCCGCCGCGACUACGACACGGUCGCUGGGAGAUGGACCACACCCAAUCACGACCUGUGGGCAGAGAUGAGCGAAGAUCCCAAGCCGUUCAACCUGUACACAUUCAAGAAGAACAACCCAUUGGGCAACGUGCAGGACGUCACCAAAUUCACCACAGAUGUCAGCAGCUGGCUGCAGCUGUUUGGCUUCCAGCUCCAUAACGUCGUCCCUGGCUUUCCCACGCUGCCCGUGGAGAAAACCCAACACACAUACGAGAUGAUGAUCACACAGGCACGGACGCACAGCUGGGAACCGAGCAAGGUCGUCCUGGGAGUCCAAUGCGAGCUUCAGAAGCGUCUUCAGAGCUUCAUCUCUCUGGACCGCCUCCCCAUGAGCUCGGCAAAUGGGAAGCCGGGAAGCAGGCAUACGCUCCGCCCCAGGUUCUCUGCCCUCUCCUCCAUCUUCGGCAAAGGUGUUAAGUUCGCGAUCCACGAAGGUGUUGUCGCGACAGAGAUAGUGGGCGUGGCUAGCGAGGACGGUCGUCGCGUGGCCUCCCUCCUGAAGGGCGCAGUCUACUUGAGCGACCUCCACUUCACCGUCGCCGGGCGUGACACGCACUACUUCUGCAAGGCCAGCCCGCUCGAGGCGGACCUCGCCGUGGUUGGAGUUGGGGGCGGAGCCAGGGUGCUGGAGAACGGCGUCAACGUGUCGGUUUCACAGAUGAGCGCGGUGAUGGGCGGAGAAACUCGUCGGUUUGCAGAAAUCGUCCUCCAGCAGGGGGCACUGAGCCUGCACGUGCGUUACGGAGCCACUCCGGAUGAGGAGCGGGUGCGAGUGAUCGAGUCUGCUCGAGCGAGGGCUGUACGGGGGGCAUGGCUAAUGGAGCAGAGGCGGGUAAGGGAGGGAGAAGGCGGGGUCAAAGCCUGGACGGAGAAAGAAAAGGAGGAGCUGCUUUCGGAGGGUCGCGUCACAGGUUACGACGGGUUUUACAUCCUACCGGUUGAACAGCAUCCUGAACUCGCUGAUAGUCCGUUUAACGUACAGCUGAUCAGACAGACAGAUGCCGGACGUAGGUAACACACACAGAGAGAAACACACGCACGCACGCAGAAACACACACACACAGCGGUUUCUCUGCUUACUUUCCAGGAUGUUGCCAAGAAAAAAAAUUGAAGAAAGACUUCUUUGACUCUGGAAUGUGAUGAAACGAUGUAUCAUUAACGUUAUUUAAGGAAGUGCCCUGUUUGCAAGCUUUACAUUUAUUCCUUUUUUGUGUUAAUGUUUUAAUUGUGACGCAAAAAGCCUUCUGUUUUUAAACCAAAAGGCCUCUCUGCUUUCGUUAUUCUCUGUGGUGAAAAGACAAGAUGAUGGCCCUCGUGAAUAUCCGGAAAAUAUCCUGCAGCCUUUAUACGGAAAAAAAAAAAGAAAAUAAAUCUACAGCGAGUGACGAGUGCUACUUUACAUACAAAUGAGCUCUGUGGGUGAAAUGCUGAUCUGUCUUUGCAGAAAUUCAAAUAGACAUUAAACCGGUAGAGAACGAAGACCCUGGACUUGCGCUUGGAAAGACUCGAGGAGAUCCUUUGGAAGAACGUUGUCUUUCCUCCGUGUUGGGUUCAAACGCUUGCAGUGGACGGAGCAUUUUUUCGAACACGUUGGCUCGGAAACGUCACAUAUCACACACGGUUCUGCACAGCCAGACGGCGUUCUCUCACUCCAGUGGCCUUCUAGAAUCACCUGUUCAAACAGGUGUUCCUCAAUCUUCAGUUUCACAGCAGCGUUCCGGAAUCACGGACUUGACCGGCUGUUCCGGAAUCUACUAUUUGAAAGGAGGUUACAGAAUCAUCGACUGGCACCGUAAUCUGGAAUCUUUUUCUGUUUGUUUUGUUUUUAAUUCAGGAGCCUGAUAUUUAAAUUCCAUUCCAGAUUGUUUUUUUUUUAGAUAUGAACACUAUGCCUAAAUUCCUGUUUAAGUGGUAUUCCAGAAUCUGCUUUUUAAACACCAUUCCAGAAUCCAGAAUCAUGGCUUUAAAAUCUAGAUAGUUGUUUUGUUUUAGAGAAACUUUUAAAACUGUUUUAAUGCGACUCUGGGAUCAUCUGCUUGGGUGGGCUUCCAAAAUUAUUGACUUUAUUAGCCUUCCAGAUCGGAGCCUUUCAUUUAAACUGCAUUCUGGAAUUUUUCUUUUUUUUUUCUUUUUUUUUUUUUUUGCUGCCACUCAGGAAUUUUGUCCUGUUUAAAUGGCUUUCAGGAUUUCUUUUAGCCUCAUUUUUUUAUUAUUAUUAUUAUUAUUAUUAUACCAGCGUAUUCUGUUACUGAGGUCCUUUUUUAUUUUUAUUUUAAACGUGGCAUUUGGGAAUCUUUGGUUAAGUCACAUUCCAACAUGUUCUGUUAAAAAUAGUACAAAGAAUUUUUUUUUUCUUGGUGGAAGUAAAAAAUUUGAACUUCUUCGAGUUUCUGAUCGGUCCCCGUAAAAUUGGAAUUCUGGUCGCUUGUUUCAAAUUGCAUUCCGGACUCGUGUGUUUAAAAUGGGAUUUCUGGAAUUCUGCGUUUUAAAGAGUAUUCCGGAUUCACCUACUUAACUGGCAUUAUUCUGGAAUCUUCUUUUAGGGACACCAUGCCGGAAUCCUUAGUUUAUGGCAUGCUGACUGUGUUUCUUGACUCUGAUCGUGUGCCUAAUCCGCAACCGUCUCGCGCUUUCCCACCACAAAAGAACCGGUGUGUAGCCGGCAAACGCGCUUUGGUUUCGACAGCAACAGCGACAAAAAAAAAAAAAAACUUGCAAGGACUGGAGCUGUGGGACCAGUGACAUCACAGGCUAGGGGGCGGGUUCAUUCUUUCUGCUGCCAUGACAACCAUUCACAUCAAAGCAACUUGCCUUGUUAACGGGACCGGAUUCUGAAGCGAGCAGAGAUGAAUGGUUUUCAAAAAUCAAAGUGAAACCGCGAAAGCAUGGCCGCGCGUGAAGCGAGGUCCAGUGACGAAGAAGAAGCGCUCGACAACAAGCUGGACACAACCGAACAUUUUACCAUCGUUGCUGUUGCUAACUAAACUUCGUUCGAGCAGCUAUACGCUAAAAAAAAGAAAAAAACUAAAUAAAAACAAUCAAGUGUUGACGUUGUCUAUCUCUGUGCUGUGUAUAGAAGCUGAAUGCUCAGAUGGUACCAUGUGUUCUCAAAUCCUAAAGUAAAACCAGAUAUUAAGUUAAAACCAAACGACGUGACUUUUCACAGUUGUUAUUAUUUUUACGGUUUAUUUUGUAGCUGCGUCAUGUCACACGUUUGCCCUGAAACUUGUAGAAAUACAGAAUGGUUGUUGGUUCGAAUGGUUACACAGAGUCCCACAUAUAAAUGGGUUUAGAAGAGGGAAAAAACACUAUAUUUAUGUUAUAAUUGAGUAAAUAUGGUACAAAACUAUAUUUUUGGGAAAACAUUAAGUACCUGGGCUGGCCUGAAUUGUCCAGAAAUAUGAUCAUGUGACCUAAAUUAUGUGCUAUGUUUAUACCAGUCGAUCUAAUGCCAGAACAUACUGUACGUAUGUUGUAUAAAAUCAUUUACACCAGUUAAAUAGUAUUGAACGUUAUUGCUAAAAAACGUUGGAAUGAAAACACAGAUAUAGUUUUGCAUGAGGAACUAAAGUCACAUGCAACUAGUUGAAAGUUCACAUUUGUUUUUUUGUAAUUUUUUACCUUUUUUAUAUUUUUUGUGUUGUUUUUUUGCAGGAUAUUAGAUUUUAUUUCAUUUGUUGCACAGCUGAUUAAAUUGCUCGACUAUCACACUGUAGGGAGGUUUUAUGAUGAACCAGAAAGCAAACAGACAAUUGUUGGUAACAUUUUAUUAUUUUAAUCAUGGCUAAUAUACAUUCUGAUACAGUACUGUGGCUUUAAUAAUAAUAAAAAAAAAUUUAAGUUGCAAAAAUGGUAUUGCAUUUGCACUAUCGCUACUGUAAGUACAUCACAAAUAUCCCAUUUAUUUUUAAAAUGCAUUCAUGUUCGUCUUGUUUGACAUUGCUAAUAAAGAUUUAAAGAUUGUAAAAGGGAGUUCAGGCCAGUCCCUAAAUCUUUACCAUGCAAAUAAACCAGACAUUAAUUUAGAAAAGGUAAAUUCUAAAAAAAAAAAAAAAAGAAGAAGCAUCCACCAGGAGGUGCUGCGGUGUCUCAUGCUGGACUCGAAUUUAGUUUCACUGAAAUAAUGAGAUGAAAUUGAUUUAUCUGAACGCUGUAAGAAACACAGCAAGGCAAGGUGUGUUACUGUGAUAAACUGCGGAACUGAUCUAGAUUACAAUCUGAGGACUCUGAGGGACCAUGUUUACUCGUGUACAUUUGUUUUUUGUCCUGGUCUUGGAGGAACAGAUCCCAAAUAGUCAAAUAAAAAUCCUUAGUAGUUCCGAAGAAGAAGACAUUUUUGUUUUUGAUCAAAUCGUGCAGAGUGAUUUGUUUUCUAUGUAGAGAGCGUAAUGUGAAACAAUGGGACAUUUUGUGCCUUUUUCAGUGCUAUUGGAAAACAAAAGCAAGAACAAAGUGUAUACACAUACACACACACAAAGUGUACAUCAGUGUUAGCUGCAUGGUUUUAGAAGUGGUAGUCCAGAAUAACAGCACUUACAGUUCUGAUACAGAAGCGGUCCCCACAACCCCAUCAAAAACAGGACGUGUGUUUAAUCAUGGGAGUUGAUUCUUAUUGAUCUGGAUUGAUUUUUUGUUUUUUUUUCUAAAUCAAUUUUAUCAGAGUAAAACAAUAGCAAAAACACACUUCAUGACACCACUAUUGAGGUUUAUCAGUGUGCAGAGGUUUGGAUCAGUGCUGUACUUCAUACGUUCUGAUGUAUGACCCGAGUGUAUAGUCUGAAUUCUGAGGACCUAAAGAUGUGCACAGCGAGCUGAGCCGGUGAGGCCGGGAUACACAACGUCGUAUUAACAUACUGUAUAAUAUUGGCAAAGAAAUGCUUAAAGAAAAGUUUUAUCUACAUCCAUACGAAUGUAUAAAAUCAAUGUGAUCAAAUCGUUUACGUGUUUAUAAGGGACGUGAGCGUUCCGAACAUCGCUUUGAUUAACAUGCAGAGGAAUUCAUAUUUAAACACUUUGGCCAUUGGGGAUUUUAAUAAACAAAUAUAUGACAUUUCA